AUGAAGAAUCUCAAUUUUGUUCCUAAAAUGAGAACUCUUCAGCAGAGGAUGACUGAACACAUGGUGUCUGUGAGUAAUGAGUCGAGUGAAGAUGAAGCACAAAUUAAGUGGGAAGAACAGCAAAUAAAGAAAGCCGUUAAACUCUCCCAGGAAACUUAUGAUGAUGCUUCCCUGCGUAAAUCUCAGCCAGCUAAACCAAAGUUUGAUCCCUCUGUUUCUCUACCACCUGUGAACUUGGAAAUUGUGAAGAAGCGACUGACCGAAAGGAUAACGUCAUUACAGGAUGUGCACCGUGCCCACCAGAGGGAGUAUGAAAAAUACAUGGAGGACAUUGAAAGUUCAAAGAUGACUGUCCAGGAGUUAGAGAAAUCUUCAGAGGCGGCUCUGAAUUACAAGUUCUACAGGGCCAUGAAGACAUAUGUAGAAAACUUGAUAAACUGUUUGAAUGAAAAACUGAAAUACAUUAAUGAUCUAGAAGUGGCUGUACAUGUACUUCUUCAGCAACGAGCCAUGAGAGUAUUGAAGCGAAGGCAAGACGAGCUGAAAAACGAAUCUGCUUAUAUUCAGCAUCUGACAAGUGGGAAUGACAAACCAACUAAUGGUGGAUUGGAAGGUGAUGAGAAGACACAGCUUCUGGAAAUGUGCGAACAUCGAAGGACUUGCAGACGGCGAGUGAGAGAGUGUUCAGGAGAAGCUGAUCACCGUGAAGGCAUGUCAAGUGAUGAUGAGCUGACUCCGACAGAGGUGACCGAGUUCCAGAAGAGCAAAGAUAACGUUUUAGAGGAUAGUAAGAAAGUCUUUGAAGAUGUACAUGCAGAUUUUUGUGACAUCAGAAAAAUCCUGUUGAAAUUCCAGGAAUGGAAAGAGAAGUUUCCUGACUCUUACUGUGAUGCUUAUAUCAGUUUCUGCCUGCCUAAGCUGUUAAAUCCGUUGAUCAGAGUUCAGUUAAUAAAUUGGAAUCCUCUUGAGAAUUUUACAGAGCUGGAAGAGAUGCCCUGGUUCAGAGCUGUAGAAGAAUUCUGUGAUGCUGGAAACGUAUCUGAAUCAAAAAGGGAUGAUGAUCCUGAUCAAGAAGUUUUGCCUAGAGUGAUUGAAAAAACUAUUCUUCCAAAAAUUACAGCAUUUGUAAAGACUGUGUGGGAUCCUUUAUCUACUUCACAGACAAAGAACCUGGUACGGCUUUGCAAUAACAUUUUCGAAAAACAAGUCCUUUCCAAAAGUGAAUGCAGUCGAGCAAAAGAGGAUUUGAUCAACAUGGUUGUCCUAAGAAUGAAGAAAUCUGUAGAGGAAGAUGUCUUUAUUCCUCUGUAUCCUAAAAGCACUGUGGAAGACAAAUCAUCACUAUGUUCAAAAUUUCAAGAAAGACGGUUUUGGUCAGCUGUUAAGCUGCUCUCCAAUGUUCUUCUUUGGGACGGGAUUGUACGAGAAGAUACGGUCCGUGAUUUGGGACUGAGCAAGCUGCUGAAUCGUUACCUUCUUCUGAACCUCUUAAACACGCCACCAGGGCCGGAUAAUAUAGAAAAGUGUAGUAAGGUGGUCGCGUGCCUCCCAGAAAGAUGGUUCCAGGAUCUUAAAAGUGGAUCAACUCUCCCUGAGUUACGGAACUUCUGCCAGCACUUGCUGCAGUGUGCCUGUACGCUACACAAGAAUAACCACAGUGAUGAAACAAAAGAAGUUCUUCUCCUGCUGGUGAAAGUCAAAGCUCUGCAUGUUGUUGAAGAUUUCAUUGAAGAGUACAAACUUGAACACCUUAAAUCCAUGAUUGGGAAAUAG